AACCCAUGUGUGUAAAAUAAAAGCUGAUGUUGCUGGCAGUCAAGAACACUGAAGCACAGCAGCAAUGAUGACCAUCUACGUGGAAGCAAACAAGCAACAGCAGCCAGGAUUCCUGGAGGUGAUUGGCAGCCUUGUUGUGAAACAGCCCCUCUCCCACAGGGUGGCUGAGCCAUAGAAAUGGGUUCCUGAUGCUGCAUCUGUUGUCCAUCGUGCUCCUGACUGGGCUGCUGGUCGCUGUUCUUGUUCAAGGUUUCAAGAGCCCCAGCUCCCCAGGGAAUGAGAAAAUCUACAAACAAUUGAUGCAGCUGAAGGUUGAAGUGGAUAGACUUUGCCUUCCUUGCUCUUGGGAAUGGGAAUCCUUCAAUGGAAAGUGUUACUUCUUCUCCAAGUCCCAGCGUAACUGGAAUGAUUCCGCCACUGCCUGCCAGGAGGUAGAGGCCCAACUAGUCAUCAUUGAUAAUGACGAAGAACAGAGCUUCCUGCAGCAGACUUCUAAGAAGAAAGGUCAUGCAUGGAUGGGACUGUCAGAUCAAAAACAGGAAGGCAAAUGGAUAUGGAUAGAUGGUUCACCACUGCGGAGUUUCAUGAAAUAUUGGAACAAAGGAGAGCCCAACAAUGACAGAGAAGAAGACUGUGCAGAAUUCAAAGAUGAUGGCUGGAAUGAUGCUCCAUGUGCAGUGAAGAAAUACUGGAUCUGCAAGAAGUCUGCUAUGUCCUGCACCAGAAACUGAUGUCUCAUCUGUCUGUAGCACCUGUUGCCAAAAUGACCCUGUGGGGUGACUGAACUUAACCCAUAAAACCCACAAUGUAUGCCAGUUCC